AUGUAUGGCACGUACCCCUCGACAGCGGCGCCACCGCAGCCCGCCUUCCGCCACGGCUACAACCCGAGCCGGUACACCAACACAAGCGUACUCGGCGACGCCCACGAGAGCUGGACCUCGUACCUCUUGACGGCGCCGUUCCGGUUCCUCACCCUCAAGGCCGUGGUGUUUCACGUCGCGAACGCUGCGUUCAGCCUCGUUGCCUUUGCGCUCGUGUGGGGCAGCCUCGUGCUUGGCUUGUCGCUGAUUCCAGUCUGCUGCAUCGGCCUCCUCCUCCUGCGUGGCCUCUGCUACGUCGUGCACGCGCUCGCCAAGGUCGACGUGCACCUCUACAACUGCAUCACGCCGUGCCACGAGCACAUUUACGUCAACUUUGAGUUUCCAGAGCGCGUCCACACGGAAGGCCUCCGCGUAUCGCCGUCGCUCGCCGAGUUUUCGCGCGAAUCGUUGCUCGCGAUCUUGUACUUCGCCGUCGUCAAGGUGCCCUUGGCGCUCGUCUCGAGCAUUUCAAGCCUCUCGAUCCUCGCUGUCUCGAUCGAGCUCCUCGCGUCCGUCGUCUCGCGGCACCACGUGUGCGUCUUGAGCGUCGACGGCCAAUGCCCGCUGGGCCACGGCGACGCGGCGUGGCGUUUCCUUGUCGCUGGCGCCGUCACGCUCUACGUGGCGGCCUACCUCUUGCACCUCACGGCGCACCUUCUCUGCAAAGCGACCAAGUUCUUUUGCUGCGAGUACUUUGCCACCUACAGCUAUGUGUACGCAUCGACGCUGCCUCGCUACCAAGUCUAA